AGAAUUUGUGAGGAAGACCUACUCUGUGCUGUUCUUACAGCUGUUGUUUACGUCUUUGGUCGUCGCUGCCUGCACCUUGAUGUGAGUGUUCUCAACACUUUUAGAAACCAACAGCCAACAGCCUCUUCGUUUUAAUCUUUCGUAAUAACAGCUCCAUGUCUAACUACUGGACGGUUCGUUUCUGUUUCAAAUGGUCACAACCGUAUAAUAUAAUCAAUAUAAUUAGGGCCGGACUAAGCUUACAAGAGGGCCUAGACCGGACUAAGCUUACAAGAGGGCCUAGGCCGGACUUAGCUUGCAAGAGGGCCUAGGCCAUAGGCCAGACGUAGCUUACAAGAGGGCCUAGGCCAGUCUUAGCUUACAAGAGGGCCUAGGCAAGACUUAGCUUACAAGAGGGCCUAGGCUAUCUCCAAGCCUCUGAAGGUGGUAUAUUUUUUUAAAUUAUAAUUAAUUUUUUUUGUAGGGCAAUGGAAUCUAUAAAAUAAUGCUUCAUAUUCUUUGAGGCUCCUUUGAUUUUGGAGGCCCUAGGCUUAAGCCAAUUGAGCCCAUUAAGCCUAUUUAGCUCAUUUAGCUUAUUAAGCCCGCUUAGUACAUAUAGCCCAUUUACCGUCAACGAGCCCACGUACGGUCAACGAACCCAGGUACUGUCAACGAAAAUAGAUGCGGUCAACGAGUCGAGCCCAGUUUCGGUCAACAAGCCCAGGUACGGUAAACGCGCCCAGGUACUGUCCACGAACCGGCCCGCAUGCGACCUGACGUGUUAUAUUUUUGGGCCAUCGGAUGCUGGGUGAUACACACUUUACAGAAUGGGAAAACUAUUGAUAAACAUCACAUUAGUUUAGGUUUGCUUUAUUACUUUUUGUUUAUUUGGAUCUUGCACGUCACCAGGAAUCUAUCAUCUACUUUUUUCCGAACAGAGCUUAUUUAGUUUUUAUGGACUAACCAAACACUUGCUAAAGACAUAAACUAACCGGACACUUGUUAAAGAUACAUUGACAACACUGGACUAACCAGACAUUUGUUAAAGACACACUGCCAACACUUUACGAUCUAGAUAUUUGGUAGAUACACACUGCCACUUUAAGACUAAGGUGACACUUGGUAGAGACACACUGCCACUCUUGAACUAACCUGACACCUGGAAGAGACUCCUAUGCUAUUCAGUCCACUUUAAGACACACUGCCAACACUUUGCUAUCUACAUAUUUGGUAGAUACACACUGCCACUUUGGGACUAACUUGACAAUUGGUAGAGACACACUGCCACUCUGGGACUAGCUGACACUCGGUAGAGACACACUGCCACUCUUGAACUAACCUGACACCUGGAAGAGACUCCUAUGCUAUUCAGUCCACUUUAAUUUACAGUGGGGACUUCCCUGUUUUAUGUGGUCCACACGACAUACGCUCCAAAUAGCAAUCAAUCUUUGUGUGACGCGUGAAACGGGGUGCCAGGAAAGCGGAGUAAUUCAUUAAUUCAUUUUGUCAAAGACUUCCCGCAGCAGACUUUAUUUUCAGUGGAAGUUCCUCUCAAAAUGUGAUUUGGAAAUAUUUUACGACUUCCGUUUCACUUCGAUUUGUGCACUUAAGAAAUGUCCCCCUUUAGCUGCAGUUAUGUGUGUGUAUAUAUAUAUAUAUAUAUAUAUAUAUAUACUAUAUAUAUAUAUAUACACACAGCCUUAAUUAAUACGUUCAUAAACUCAGACCUUAACCAAAUUGUGGGCCUCAAUCAAGACUUUAAAAAAAAAUUUGGUCCAUCCUAUUUUUUUUUACAAGUUCACUUCUGCUAAAUCUAUUCCAGCAAAAUUAAUAUGAUGUAGAAAGUAAACUCUGGGAUUGUGGUCAUCACUAUUUAACUUAUGAACACCCCUCCCUCCCCUUUUUCACACUUUUUAUAUCUUGACAUUUCAAUUCGGUUCUCAUUCUCAGAACAUUUGGGCCUCUCAACUAAUGUAUAUUGGAGCUUUCGUCUUGAUUUCAUGUUAUCUUUAAAAAAGUGGAGUGACAAGAAGGAAGACGGGGUCAAAGAAAGAAUCAGUGUGUGUGUGUGUGUGCAUAAGAGAGAGAGAGAGAGAGAAAGAGAGAGAGAGAGAGAGAGAGAGAGAAAGAAGGAGAAAGACUCAAAUUGCUAUUUCUUUUAAAAUAAGCCAAUACUUGCAUUGUGAGAUUACCUUUAUCUUUCUUCUAGCCAUCCUGUCAAAGCCUGGGUCGCCUCUCAUCAAUAUAUUAUUCUAAUUUUCAUGUAAGUAUAUGAAUAUCGUCUGAUUUUGAGCUCAUAUAUUUAUUUCUACAACAAAAACAUUACGCAUCAUCAUGAAAAUUUGGUCCCGCAUUUGAACCACGUCUUCAAACUUUCUUCCGCCAAUGGUGCAUUGACUAGGGACACAUCGCUUUUAGCAUGUAUGGGGACUAAAUGUGCUAAAGAAUCUCUCUCCUAAACUUAGCACUGGCUUGCAGGCAUAUUGUUUAGCAAUUAGCCUUAGCAGUAGGAUUGAUUGUGGUGGGGUAAGAUUCCGAGCGAAACGGAUACAUUCUAUCAUUACUACAUAAAUAUAUUAUUGAAACUCUACCUCCGCCACUGGGAUGCCCCAUCCGCCACUGGGAUGCCCCAUCCGCCACUGGGAUGCCCCAUCCGCCACUGGGAUGCCCCAUCCGCUACUGGGAUGCCCCAUCCGCCCAGUUGUGUCGAUGUUACAUGAAGGUUUCUGUACAUCAAUCAUGAUAUUGGUGUGUACGUGCAGGGUUCUGUAAAGAUCUGUCAUGAUAUUGGUGUGUACGUGUAGGGUUCUGUAAAGCUCUGUAAUGAUUAUGGUGUGUAUGUGCAGGGUUCUGUAAAGCUCUGUCAUGAUAUUGGUGUGUAGGCCUACGUGCAGGGUUCUGUAAAGCCCUGUCAUGAUAUUGGUGUGUAGGCCUACGUGCAGGGUUCUGUAAAGCUCUGUCAUGAUAUUGGUGUGUAGGCCUACGUGCAGGGUUCUGUAAAGCCCUGUCAUGAUAUUGGUGUUUAAUUGCAGGUUUUUGUACAUCUCUGCCUUGAUAUUGGUGUGCAUGCUGAUGCCGUUCUUGCUCACCACGAACUGCUUCAGUGUCUUCGUUUUAUUCUUACUCGUAAGUAGCUUAUGAUAAACGAGGUGUGAUGAACAUGUGUGAUGAACAGGUGUGAUGAACAGGUGUGAUGAACAGGUGUGAUGAAUAUAAAUAUAUGAACAGGUAUGAUGAACAGGUGUGAAGAACAGGUGUGAUGAACAGGUGUGAUGAACAGGUGUGAUGAACAGGUGUGAUGAACAGGUGUGAUGAACAGGUGUGAAGAACAGGUGUGAUGAACAGGUUUGAUGAACAGGUGUGAAGAACAGGUAUGAUGAACAGGUGUGAAGAACAGGUGUGAUGAACAGGUGUGAAGGACAGGUGUGAAGAACAGGUGUGAAGAACAGGUGUGACGAACAGGUGUGAUGAACAGUUGUGAUCAACAGGUGUGGAGAACAGCUGUGAUGAUUAGUGUGUUAAACAUCUAUGACAACCGGUAUGCUAAACAGUUAUGAAAACAGGUGUGUGAAACAGCUAUAAAAAGAGGUGUGAGAAAAAGAUAUGAAAACAGAGCCAGUAUUAGCUGUUGAUUUAGUUUUUCUAGUGUUUAUUUUAAAUAUCUAAUAAAAAUGUUAAGAAAACCUAUCUGCUUAAAACGGAAUGUAACUUUUACUUUUGUAGCACAACAAACACUGCUUAUCUGUAUCAAAAGUUGUUUGGCAGCUGCCUUACCCCACUUCCCACUACGCUUUCUUGUUAGUACGAUUUCAUAUAAAGUGAUUUUUUUUUGUUUGCUUCUUCACGUAACCCUAACUAUUUUUCCCCCACACAGACGGUGGCCAUGUCUGGAAUUGCUGGAGUGUUGACAGCGUAAGUUAUUGUCCUUGAGGUUCUCUUGUCAUUCCUCGGCAGUUCGAUUUUUUAAACAUGUCCAAACGAAGGCAUACUUUAUUUUUAAAUGGUGACAAAUGUUAAGUUGAAACAGAUAUCUAGCAUUAUUUUAUUUUUUUAAAUGGCUUCUAUGCUAUCUAAACUUAGGCUUCUGGCUUAUCCAAACUUAGGCAUGUAAACGUAGGCAUCUAAAAUACCUAGGCGACUUAACGUAGCCACUUCACGUGGAUUGACAAAAAACAACAAAACAAAAACAAGGCGUACAAAAACAAGGCGUAAUAAACGCAUAAAAUCCUUGCAGUUGUGUACAGGAUUAUUUCCGGUAGCAGGCUUAGGAUGUAACCCGCUAAUUCAUUCUCCUGGAUGCAACUAUGGUUUUCGGGUUCUGUUUUCUGACUUCGUCUAAGUACUUCAUUUACGAUUGCGGCAGCUAAGCCAUGUCAUCUUUUCAGUCAUCUUUGAUGCAUCAAGCUCUGCGUCCAGCCUUGGGUUAUAUUCUCAAAAUCUCCAAGCCCUCGUUAGUACAAUGGUUUAAUUAUAUAUAUAUAUAUAUAUAUAUAUAUAUAUAUAUAUAUAUAUAUGUAUAUUAUAUGAUGGUAGGUGGGCUUAUGUUAUGAAAUAUUGGAGAAACUGGGCUUACAUUAUGAACGAUAGAUAGGAUGUGAGCUAACUUAUGAAAGAUACCUUGUAAAUGAAGACAUAAAAUGAAAUAUAGAUGGGAGGUGGCGUAAAAUAAUGAAUAUCUUGUUUUAAGGUGGUCUUACAAAAGGAAAGAUAGAUUGAAGGUGGGCUUACAAAAAGAAUGAUAAAUGGAAGGUGGGCUUAUAAAAGGAAAGAUAGAUUGAAGGUGGGUUUACAAAAGUAAAAAUAGAUUGAAGGUGGGCUUACAAAGGAAAAGAUAUAUUUAAGAUGGGCUUACAAAAGUAAAGAUAGAUUGAAAGUGGGCUUACAAAGAGAAAGAUCGAGUAAAGGUGGGCUACAAAAGGAAAGAUAGAUUGAAUGUGUGUUUAAAAAAGGAAUGGUACAUUAUAGGUAGGCUUACAAAAGAAAUGAUAAAUUAAAGGUGGGCUUACAAAAGGAACGAUACAUUAAAGGUGGGCUUACACAAAGAAUGAUAGAUUCAAAGUGUGCUUACAUUGUGUAAUAUUGAUGAUGUUGUGUUAAUCAAAAUUUUGUUUAAUACCUGUAUAGUUACUCUAUGUGUACUUGUUCCUUCCCUUUACCCAGCACAAGAGCCCAGGAAAUGGUGCUACUGGCAGCUGGCACAACAACAGUAAGCUUAUUUUAUUUUCAAUCUAAUCUCUAGCAUCUUAUAUGACAUCUUACAUCUUGUAUAAUCUCUAACAUCUUAUGCAAUCUAUAACAUCUUAUAUCAUCUUUAAAAUAUUAUAUAAUCUCUGACAUUUUAUAUGACAUCGAACUUCUUAUAUGAACUCUGACAUCUUAUUUGUCCUCUAACAUCUUAUAUAAUCUCUGACACCUUAUAUAAUCUCUAACAUCUUACAUAAUCUCUAACAUCUUAUUUGAGGGCAUUAGGGUUGCUUUUCUUUUUUUUGCCCAGAUAAUUGACUGACAUCACGAUUGUGAUGCAAUAUUCUAAGCUGGCUUUCAAGGAGUCGUUUCUUUAAAUGCCAUCUUCUUGACCCCCCCCCCUUUUUAUUCACUCCGUUAGACUGGGUAAAUGUGAAAAAGAGGGGGGGGGCCAGUAGUUGGUUUGGGUAAUUAAAUUUAAAAAAAAAAAAAUCACAAGUAAAAAAAAGCGAAUUAAAUCCAUUGAAAAUGAAUAGGCCGACAUUCAACUUUAGAAGACAAAACCUGCUCCAAAAAUCUAUCUGUGGUUGAUGUUUAUUUCAGGUAGUCGUCUUUGUUAUGACGGUCAUGGCGUGCAUAUGCGUGGACUUCACCCCUUUUACCUACAUAAUCCUUGUGAUAACAAUGAUUGUCGUUGUCUUCGGCUUUUUCUCCAUCGCCUUGCUGCCCUAUGUAAGUACACAACACGGUAUAUGUGGGAGCGCACACAACACGGUCAAUGUGUGUAAGUACACAACACGGUCUAUGUUUGUAUGUACACAACAUCGUCUAUGUGGGUAAGUACACACCAUGUGAUAUGUGUGUGAGUAACCUACACGGUACAUGUGUGUGAGUAGACAAUACGGCCUUAGUGUGUGGGUGCACAACAUGGUCUGUGUGUGAGUACACAACACAGUCUAUGUGCGCUAGUACACAAAACUGUCUAAUUCUGUGCGUACAUAACAUGGUCUAAGUGUGUGCUUUAGUUAAAAGUAAAAUGAAUAAUACUAUGUUUAAAUUGGGGGGGGGGGGAGAUGUGCGAUAAAGUUGUAAAAUAAGGAACAGAAGGCAGGGGAAAACUUUAAAAAUAAAAGAAACGACAAUACCAACGUGCCGUAUCGGCAAAUAGCCUUCACCAAAGGGGCUUCAACUUAUGUCUCUAUUCGCCAUUGUAUUCAUAGACUAGAAUGCACUGAUGUUUUCAUAGAGUGAACAUUUGGUCAUUCCAAGUGCAAUGCGCAGUUUGUAAAGUGAAUGUUUACAAUCCAUUUGUUACAUCGAUCUUUGCUUUGUGUUAUGCAGUCACUUACAUCAUUUGAAAUUUGUUUUGUUGGAAAAUCCUACAGAAACUAAAUCAGUACAAGAAAGCAGUAAAUAUAUGGAUGGACACGGAAAGAAGACAUUUAAGAAAAAUUUAAAGACUUUUUUUUAUUUCAAUAGAAUUUUAGGACAUCAGAGCGCCAUGAGCAUGCUAAAAUAGCAUGGACUGAAGCGCUAUAAAAGUAUUCAAUCAUCAUCAUAUUUUAUCCCGCGAUACUUUUAAAGUUUUAAAUAAAUAGCAAUAAAAAUUGGGGAAGACCUUUAAAAAAGAAAAAAAAAGUUCCCUACUCUCCACACCAACACGUGACCUCAAACGUGCUAUGUUUCAAUGCUGCCCAAUAUACAGCGGCCCAUAACAUAAAGAUAUAACAAAAACAAACUCGAUUUACUCUAAGAAUGAAACGAUUCUUAACGGUUUCAAGUUUAGGCGGGGAGGUUAUUUGCAUUCAUGUUUAAUGACAUCAAUUAAUGACAUAAAUUUUGUGCGUUUGAAACAGAUUCCUAUGAUCAAACUUAUCUACUCUGUGGUAGCGGCACUACUCAUGUGUGUCGUAAGUUUGUGGCCUGUUUUAAUUUUAUGGAAAACAAUAAUUGUUUUAAAAAAUCUGUUCUUAUUUCUACUAGGAUCAAUAAUGGCUUUAAAUUUUAGAGUAAUUAACAAGCAAAUGGGAAACAUGCUAUCUGCAUUGAUAAGGUUUGGUUAUUUUUUUUUUACAAGUGAUUGUAUAAGUUAAAAUUUGAGAAAUUUUGGUUCGAUAUUAGGUCUCUGAAAAAAGAAUAAACUGAAAUAAUGUAAUGUUGAAACUAAUUUAAAAUUUAUAUAUUGGUAUUUUUUUAAUAGUUUGAGUUAUUUUUAGGAUAGAUUUUUGGGAGGGGGGGGGGAAUGGGGAGGGAGGGUGUAUAAAUCCUCUCUCUUGAACGAUUCCAAUGAGAAAAAUUCUUUUUAUUUUUCAGUACAUUAUAAUUGAUACUCAGAUGAUCAUAGGUGGAAAGUCCCAUGAACUGGACACACACAUGUACAUCUUCGGGUCAAUCAUGCUGUAUUUGGACAUCGUCCUACUCUUCUUCUACAUCUUGGACAUCCUGGACUCUUGAAACAUCUUUGCUUGAUGUUUGCAUCUCCAGGAUGAUCGCUCUGUCCCCGUGGACGAACUUGGUCAAUGCGAGAAGAUAAUAAAAAAAGUAGAAAAUGUGCGAGCCGGCUGAGAUUUAAAUAGGUUAAUAAGAAGGUUCUAAAACUUGAAAACAGUAACCUUAUUGAGUACUAUUAAAGACUGGCUUCAGUUUAUACUUCUUAAUUUAUACAGGAAGAAGACAAAUGAAACUUGCGCAAUGGUUUCAGGGACAUGUAAAAAGGGGUAAAACCUGGGAGGCUGACAUUUUUUUUGCCAUCUAAUAAUUCUGUUUUCAUAAAUUGUGGAAUUCAAUGUUAAAAUAAACACGAACGUAGCUUAUCAAAGAAGAAAAAGUAACAGCAGAUCUAUUCGUGAAAAAAUAACCUACUACUAUGACACAAGUAUCUGAGGAAACAGUCUCCAGUUGAGUAGAGCGGAUUACCUCCAAGAAAUGCAUCAAGUUUCCAUCAUGUUCCCGAACAACGUGGCACUACUGACACAGUGAAUGUUAAAUUAUUGCUAUAUUGACUUAUUGGUCAUUAAAAUGAGAAUGCCUCAGUAUAAAGUAUAGUUAAAAAAGAUACACAUUGAAGUACACAAAAAAAAUAAAAAAAUAGGUAUCAUCUUUUUGAGAACAACAGAGGUGUAACUAUCCCUUGUAAUGUUUACCAAUCGAAUGUUUCAAAUUGAACUUGUAAUAAGUAACUUUUAGGUCAACCUGGAGUAGGCGUAGUUGAAAUCUUAUUACCCUUUAACAUGCUCCAACGUCUCAUCUAUUGAAUGUUGAUCUAACUGCAAUAAAUACACUAUAUUUCAUCGGAUCAUUAAAGAAAGGCG